AUGUUACACCAAGAACCACCCGUCAAUGUGUUGAAUAUUACCAAAGAAUGCGGUGAGAUAAAGGAGCUUUGGCUGCAACAGCCAGUAGAUCAUUUUGAUGUUAAUAAUACGGAAACCUGGUUAAUGCGUUAUUUUGUCAAUGAUAAUUUCUAUCAAGUUGGGUCACCCAUAUUUGUGUUUGUGGGUGGUGAAUGGGAAAUAUUACCGCAUAUGCUGCAAGCUGGUCAUUUUUAUGAUAUGGCCAAACAGCAGGAAGCUUUAAUGUUUUAUACGGAACAUCGUUAUUAUGGUCAGAGUUGGCCGAAAAGCGACUCAUCUACUGACAACUUACAAUUCCUUAAUGUUCUACAAUCCCUUGAAGACUUAAAGAGCUUUCUAACUUAUCAGAAGUCGUCUACAAAAGCUUUAGCAAAUGCCAAAAUCGUUUUAGUCGGAGGUUCUUAUUCUGGCAGUAUGGUAGCAUGGUUUAUGAAAUUAUAUCCUGAAAUGGCCGAGGUAGCCUGGGCCUCUAGUGCUCCUUUAAGGGCUAAAAUGGAUUUUAAUGGUAAGUAUUAA